GACUGUAGGUUACAAUGGCAGAGGAGGAGGGUGACAUGGAUGAGGACGAUGUGUUCCUGGCUUUUGCCCAGGGUCCUCCUCCUUCCAGGGGUCCCCUACGUCGGGCCUUAGACAAGGCCUUCUUUAUCUUCCUGGCCUUCUUUCUGACACUACUACUGCUGGAGGCUCUUUAUAAGCUGCUGUGGCCACUACCAUGGGCAAAGUUUGGGCACUGGCUCUUGAGGUCACCUCAGAAAGAGGAGGAACUCGAAUUGUGACCACCUUUCCUAUAAACAUCCUCUUACUCUGCCACAGAGCUCACCUUUGGACCCAGCCUUGCCUCCAUGAGUCCCUCCAGCCUCCCUAAA